AUGGCCUCGAAAUUGACUGGAUUUCGUGAUAAGUCUACUCUACUAGGUGAGAAAAACAAGCUUUUAGUUGCUAAUAGAGGCGAAAUACCAAUUAGAAUAUUUAGAACCGCUCAUGAAUUGUCUAUGAAAACGGUUGCGAUUUAUUCGCAUGAAGAUCGACUAUCUAUGCAUAGGUUGAAAGCGGAUGAGGCCUACUUAAUUGGUGAAGAAGGUAAAUUUACACCUGUGGGAGCAUAUCUGGCUAUAGAUGAAAUUAUUAAGAUUGCUAAAGAACAUGGAGUUGACUUCAUUCACCCUGGUUAUGGGUUUCUCUCCGAAAACUCUGAGUUUGCAGCCAAGGUUGAAAAAGCUGGUAUCACGUGGGUGGGUCCUUCUGCCGAGGUAAUUGAGUCCGUCGGAGAUAAAGUUUCAGCACGUAGACUUGCGGAUAUCGCAGGAGUUCCAACGGUUCCUGGAACACCAGGGCCAAUUGAGACUGCUGAAGAGGCAAAGAAGUUCGUCGAAGAAUAUGGGUACCCUGUGAUUAUCAAAGCCGCAUUUGGCGGUGGUGGUAGGGGUAUGCGUGUGGUUAAGGAAGGAGAUGAUAUUGCCGAUGCCUUCCAACGUGCGGCAUCUGAGGCAAAAUCUGCAUUUGGUAAUGGUACGUGCUUUGUUGAGCGUUUCCUAGAACAACCUAAGCAUAUUGAAGUCCAAUUGCUAGCAGAUGGAUACGGUAAUGUGAUCCAUUUGUUUGAGAGAGACUGCUCUGUGCAGCGUAGACAUCAGAAAGUUGUCGAGGUGGCACCUGCUAAAACGUUGCCAAUAGAAGUUCGCGAUGCUAUUUUGACAGAUGCUGUUAAGUUGGCAAAGGCUGUAAACUAUAAGAACGCGGGAACUGCGGAAUUCUUAGUGGACAACCAAAACAGACACUACUUUAUUGAAAUUAACCCUAGAAUUCAAGUUGAGCAUACAAUUACGGAAGAGGUUACUGGUGUUGAUAUUGUAGCUGCUCAAGUGCAAAUUGCUGCUGGUGCUUCAUUGGAACAAUUGGGCUUAAUUCAAGACCGUAUUACUACCCGAGGCUUUGCAAUCCAGUGUCGUAUCACCACAGAAGAUCCAGCAAAGAACUUUCAACCUGACACAGGUCGUUUAGAUGUUUACCGGUCAGCAGGUGGUAACGGUGUGAGAUUGGACGGUGGUAACGCAUUUGCAGGUGCUGUCAUCUCUCCAUUCUAUGACUCGAUGUUGGUGAAGUGCACAUGUUCCGGUUCGACAUACGAAAUCGUUAGACGUAAGAUGUUGCGUGCUUUGGUAGAAUUUAGAAUUAGAGGGGUUAAGACCAACAUUCCAUUUUUGUUAACAUUGUUAACACACCCAGUGUUCAUCGACGGCAGCUAUUGGACUACGUUUAUUGAUGAUACUCCUCAACUAUUUGAAAUGGUUGCUUCUCAAAACAGAGCCCAGAAACUGCUGCAUUACUUGGCAGACCUUGCAGUUAAUGGUUCCUCCAUUAAGGGUCAAGUUGGUUUACCAAAAUUGACAACUCAGCCAACUAUUCCUGCCUUGCACGAUGAAGAAGGUAAUGUUAUCGAUGUUUCCGUCCCCUGUGAAUACGGUUGGAGACAAGUUCUUCUAGAGUAUGGUCCUGAAGAAUUUGCAAAACAGAUUCGUCAAUUCAACGGAACUCUACUCACCGAUACUACAUGGAGAGAUGCUCACCAAUCUUUAUUGGCUACAAGAGUCCGUACCCAUGAUUUGGCAGCCAUUGCUCCAACCACAUCAUAUGCUUUGGCGGGAGCUUUCUCAUUAGAAUGUUGGGGUGGUGCCACCUUUGAUGUUGCAAUGAGAUUCUUGCAUGAGGAUCCAUGGGAUCGUUUAAGAAAACUAAGGAAGUUGGUUCCAAAUAUUCCAUUCCAGAUGUUGCUACGUGGAGCCAAUGGUGUUGCGUACUCUUCCCUUCCUGAUAAUGCUAUAGAUCAUUUCGUAUUCCAGGCUAAGGAAAAUGGUGUUGAUAUCUUUAGGGUCUUUGAUGCAUUGAACGACUUAGAACAGCUGAAGGUUGGCGUUGAUGCUGUAAAGAGGGCGAAUGGUGUGGUAGAAAGUACCAUUUGUUAUUCUGGCGAUAUGUUGCAACCUGGAAAGAAAUAUAACUUGGAUUACUACUUGGGGCUAACUGACGAGAUAGUUAAAAUGGGCACCCAUAUCUUAGGUAUCAAGGAUAUGGCAGGUACUAUGAAACCUGCAGCAGCCAAAUUGUUGGUUGGAUCUAUAAGGGCCAAAUAUCCAAAUUUGCCAAUCCAUGUUCACACACACGAUUCUGCUGGUACUGGUGUUGCAUCUAUGGUUCAAUGUGCCCUUUCUGGUGCAGAUGUUGUUGAUGUUGCAAUCAAUUCUAUGUCUGGAUUGACCUCCCAACCAUCAAUUAAUGCUUUCUUAGCAUCUGUAGACGGCGAACUAAAAACUAAUAUAAACCCUAGCUUCGUUCGUGAAUUGGACGCAUACUGGGCUGAAAUGCGCUUAUUGUAUUCUUGUUUCGAGGCAGACUUAAAGGGCCCAGACCCUGAAGUUUACGAGCAUGAAAUCCCGGGUGGCCAAUUGACCAACCUAAUAUUCCAGGCUCAACAACUGGGUCUUGGCAAACAGUGGACUGAAACUAAGAAAGCUUAUCGCGAGGCGAACCUGCUGCUAGGUGACGUUGUGAAGGUCACCCCUACCUCAAAGGUUGUGGGUGAUUUGGCCCAAUUUAUGGUGUCAAAUAAGCUUUCUUCCGCAGAUGUGAAACGCCUGGCUAAUUCUUUGAACUUGCCUGAUUCUGUUAUGGACUUCUUUGAAGGUCUCAUUGGACAGCCAUAUGGUGGUUUCCCAGAACCAUUCAGGUCAGAUGUGCUGAGAAACAAGAGAAGAAAGUUGACAUGCAGGCCGGGCUUGGAACUACCUCCAUUAGAUCUACCAAAGAUCAGACAAGAGCUGGAAUCGAAAUACGAGCAGGUCGAUGAAUGCGACGUUGCUUCAUACAACAUGUACCCUAAGGUGUACGAAGAUUUUAUGAAGGUGAAGGAAUUAUACGGUGAUUUAUCUGUUUUACCAACCAAGAACUUCUUGGCUCCAGCUGUUAUUGGUGAAGAAAUUAUCGUGACUAUUGAAAAGGGUAAGACAUUAAUCAUUAAAAUUCAGGCUAUUAGUGACUUGAAUAAGGACACUGGACGUAGAGAGGUGUAUUUUGAGUUGAACGGUGAACUAAGAAAUGUUUCCGUCGUCGACAAAUCGCAAAAGGUUGAGACUAAUGUAAAGGCAAAGGCAGACGACAGUAAUCCUGAUCAUAUCGGUGCUCCAAUGACCGGAGUUGUUAUAGAAGUGAAGACACAAAAAGGUGCUCACGUAUCCAAGGGCCAGGCGAUUGCUAUAUUAAGUGCCAUGAAGAUGGAAAUGGUAAUUUCCUCGCCAAAAGAGGGUGUUGUGCAAGAAAUAUUUGUGAAAGAUGGCGAGACCGUACAAGUCUCAGAUCUUCUGGCCGUGUUGAGUGGAGUCGAGGCCCAAAAAGCGGAGUAA